GUGACGUCAUUACCAGGAAGUGAAACAGUAGCAAGCCCAGUGUUUUGUGGAAAGGAAUGCUUAAGGAGGAUAUGGCACGGAGUUCGUAGAGCCUAAGUGUUCAACACGGGUAGCUUUGUGUGUCCUGCAGAUUUAAACUGCUUGUGGAGCAAAUCAAAAAAAAAGAAAACCGAACUACACAACGAGGACUCUUAGCAAAACUAUUAAAGACCAGCUGCCAUUUCCAGUAACAUAUAUGUGACUGAUGUGGAUAGGCUAGUGUGCCCAGGAUGGAGAAAAGGACUGCAAAUAUUAAGGAAGAGGAAUGUGAAUGGGAGUCUGUCCACCCUAAACAGGAGAGCCUCUGCAUAAAGGAGGAGGAGGAUUGUGAAUGGGAAUCAAAGGCCAUUAAAAACAAUUCUGAGCAGCAGAUGGUCGCCAUUAGCUUGGGGGAACACAAAAGUGCAGGCAACAUCAAAGAAGAAGACAACCUUUGUUCAGAGUUCAUCUUUCAGCAUGUGUGCCAAGAAGAAGCAAAAUCUGGAUUGCUCUCCUCUCCGAGGGGACCCUGUGCUUUUCAGGAGUGUUCUGUCAUUGUGAAGCCUGAACCCUUUACAUGUAACAUAAAGAGAACUGGGGAGCCAUCAUCGGGGAAGACAAUGGAAGAUCUACCAUCAUCUGCAGGUUAUUCUGAAGAAAAUUUACAAGAUAGUGACAACUUCUCCCUAUGUUCAUCUGAUCUGCCAUCUCUUCAGUGCAGGCUAACACAAAUCCAGCAAAAUGAAAACACAAAUAAACUGACAUCUGAAUUGGAGAUGUGUAUCCCUACCUCUUAUCAGCCUGUUGUGAAACUCCCAAGGGCAGAAACAGUCAACACUAAUCACUUGAUGGAAAAUACAAAUUCAGCAGCUUUGAAUAUCUCCAAGGAGCAAGACAAGAGUGUUAAAUGUAAACCUAAAUGUAAAGAUAACCUGUUGAGUCAAACAACAGAGAAGCCAUACUGCUGUUCUCAGUGUGGACAACAAUUUUCUCAAAUGAGAUAUCUUCAGAAACAUAAAAUAAUCCACACAGGAGAGAAGCCAUAUUGCUGUUCUGCAUGUGGGAAACGAUUUUCACAAAUGGAUUGCCUUCAAAUACACACACGAAUUCACACUGGGGAGAAGCCAUAUACCUGUUCUGAAUGUGGUAAGCGAUUCUCUCAUAUCAGUAAUCUUAGGAAACACGAAAAAAUUCACACAGGAGAGAAGCCAUAUUGUUGCUCUGCAUGUGGUAAACAAUUCUCGCAAAUGGGUUGUCUUCAAAAACACACAAGAAUUCACACUGGCGAGAAGCCGUACUCCUGUUCUGAAUGUGGCAAAAAGUUCUCGCAAAUUGGGGGUCUUCAUGCACACUCAAGAAUUCACACUGGAGAGAAGCCAUACACUUGUUCUGAGUGUAACAAACAAUUCUCCCAAAGCAGUUGCUUACAAAAACACAUAAGAACUCACACUGGAGAGAAGCCGUACUGUUGUUCUGAGUGUGGCAAACGAUUCUCACAAAUGGGCAGUCUCCGGAACCACUCAAGAAUUCACACCGGAGAGAAGCCAUACUACUGUUCUGAAUGUGGCAAACAGUUCUCAAAAAGGAAUGGUCUUCAGAUACACACAAGAAUUCACACUGGGGAGAAGCCAUAUGGCUGUUCAGAAUGUGGUAAACGAUUCUAUGACAGGAGCCAUCUUCGCAUUCAUACAAGAAUCCACACUGGAGAGAAACCAUACUCUUGUCCUCAGUGUGGUAAACUGUUCUGUACUGGUAGGAAUCUGCAGAGGCACAGAAGGAUUCACACAGGGGAGAAGCCAUACUCCUGUUCUGAAUGUGGCAAACAGUUCUCAAAAAGGAAUAGCCUUCAGAUACACUUGAGAACUCACACUGGAGAAAAGCCAUACUGCUGUACUGAAUGUGGACAACUAUUUUACACCAGUAGACAUCUUCAGAGGCACACAAGAAUUCACACAAGAGAGAAGACUCUAGAGGAUGAAGUUGAGAAGAAAAAGCAAGAUAUCACACUCGUUAUGGCCUCUCCCACAGAUGGUGUCAUGGAACAAAGAGUAUCUUCCAUAAAAGAAGAGCGCUGCGAGUGGGAUUCAGUCUCUGUUGUACCUGAGGGUCAUUGCAUGAAGCUGAAAGAGUUUGAAGGAGAAAUAUUGGUAACUAAACAAGAGGAAUGUGAACAUGAGUUUGUGGACAUUAAAAUAGAGGAUCCUGAGUGUGCAAUAGUGGGCACUGAAAUACAGAACCAUGAACCUGUAAACAUUUUUAAGGAGGAGGAGACCUCAGAGAAUGACUCAAGGUUACAGAUGUGCCCAGGGUCAAUAAAAGAGAGACUUUAUUUAGAGGCUUCUAAGACAGAGCGAAGCACUAAGCCACUGCAGAAUUUUGUUAAGCUGAGUCCUAAAUCACCCAGAUUUGAUGAUGAAAUCACCGAGAAAAUAUGUUGCAGGAAAGAAACAAAAGAAGAGUCACCUACUAGACAGCUUGAAAUGAAUUUGCCUGAGAAUGACUGCUUUUCAGAGUGUCCAUUUGUUCAGACCUCUGCUCAGAGCAGACCAAAAUUGGAUCAGCAUGAUGAACGUAUGAAGGAAUUGACAUCUGAAUUAGAUAGUCUGAUACCAACCUCUUUACAUUAUACUUCUCCAUGUGUUGUGAACCUGACAAAUACUGAAGCUGCCAACAUUCAACAGGCACAAAAUACUAGGCCAGUAAGCUUGAUUGUCUGUCAAGUAUGUGGAAAAAACUUUAAACGAAAAUCUAAUUAUAGAGAUCAUUUAAAAAUUCAUGCAAGACAAACUCCAUGUUGCUGUUCUUAUUGUGGGAAACAAUUUGCUACGUUACGCAGUCUUCAAAUGCAUAAAAGAAUCCACACUAUAGAGAAACCUCAUUGCUGUUCUGAGUGUGGCAAGCGAUUCUCGCGGAUAAGCCGUCUUCAGAACCACACAAGACUACACAGUGGAGAGAAACCUCAUUCUUGUUCUGAUUGUGGCAAGCGAUUCACACAUGUAUGCCUUCUUCACAACCAUGCAAGAAUGCAUACUGGAGAGAAGCCAUAUUGUUGUUCUGAAUGUGGUAAGCGAUUUUCACAAAUAAACAGUCUUCAUGUGCACUCAAGAACUCACACUGGUGAGAAGCCAUAUUGCUGCACUGAAUGUGGUAAACGGUUCUCGCAUAGUGGCAGCCUCCGGAAACACACAAGAGUUCAUACUGGAGAAAAACCAUAUAGUUGUUCUAAGUGUGGCAAUCGAUUUUCAACCAGUCACAAUCUAAGAAAACACACAAGAAUUCACACCGGAGAAAAGCCAUAUUCCUGCUCAGACUGUGGCAAACGAUUCUCCACGAGUAGUAGCCUUCGCAGUCACACAAGGAUUCACACUGGUGAAAAGCCAUAUUGCUGUUCAGAAUGUGGCAAACGAUUCUCAAACAAUACCAGUCUGCGGAGCCACAUAAAAGUCCACACCAUUAAACCCAGAGAGAAACCUUAUCACUGUUCAGAAUGUGGCAAACAAUACACACAUUUACAAAGCCUUCAGAGCCACACAAAAAUUCAUACUGGAGAGAAGCCAUAUUGCUGUUCUGAAUGUGGCAAACGAUACUUACACCUAAGUGGUCUUCAGAGCCACACAAAACUUCACACUGGUGAAAAGCCAUAUUGUUGUUCUGAUUGUGGCAAGCUGUUCUCUCAUAUAAGCAGUUUUCAAAUGCACAAGCGAAUACACACAGGUGAGAAGCCAUACUGUUGUUCUGAGUGUGAUAAACGAUUUGCACAAAGCAGUGGCCUUCAGGAUCAUAUGAAAAUCCACACUGGAGAAAAACCUCACUGUUGUUCUCAAUGUGGCAAACAAUUCUCUCGUAGGAACAGUCUUCGGAAGCAUAUACAGAUUCACAAUGGAGAGAAACCUCAUUGCUGUUCUGUAUGUGGCAAAAGAUUUUUACAAAUAAGCAGUCUUAAGAGCCAUACUAGAAUUCACACUGGGGAGAAACCAUACUACUGUUCUGAUUGUGGCAAACAAUUCUCACACAACAACACUCUCCAAGCACACACAAGGGUUCACACGGGUGAGAAGCCAUAUUGUUGUUUGGAAUGUGGUAAGCGAUUUGCCACAAAUAGCACCCUUCGGACGCAUAAAAGAAUUCAUGCUUAUAAACCCCGAAAGAAACCUUAUUGCUGUUCAGAAUGUGGCAAACAAUAUUCUCACAGAAGAAGCCUUCUGAGCCAUGAAAGAAUUCACAUUGAUCAAGUGGUAAAUUCUGACUCCCAAACACUGUAAAAGAAAUGACAGAAAUCCAUGCAUAAUGAUGAAGGAAAAACUCAGCCAGAUCCUGGACAUUCAAAAAACUUCUACAUGACUACUUCAGGAAGAAAAGAAACAGAAAAUGACAUCAUACCCAGAAAUUAUGCCUGAAACAAUCCAGAAGUGAAACCAACCAGCUGAUUGUUUUCUGAUAGUCAUUGGAUGAAGGAUUUGAGAGCCUACAGGCUCAGCUUGAGUGUCUGGCAUAUGACUUCCACUCUGUGUGUGCUUUCAAUGUUGUACACAAUGCUGCCCUGAUAGGCAUUAGAUCCCUACAAACCUGAAAUUGGAUAAGUAUGUUCACAAAAAGAAUUUGUAGAUAAAAGGCUGUUGAACUUUUGAAGGAGGGAUCCCUGAAGUAACUGGACUGCUGGACAAACAGCAAAUAACAUUCUUGAAGCUAGGAAAGACACAAGGUGAAUUGGUCAACUGCAGAAAAUUCUUGGAACAUGUACAGAGUGGCCUAUAGUAAUAGUUUGAGAAGAUGUGAAACAAGAAAAUGCUGAUAAGUUGAAGAGGUUGGGCCUUGAUGAACAUUGGACAUCCCUUCAGUUGCAAGUAUUCAGCUGCAAAGACCUGUUAAUGUGGCAUCCUCAUGGAAGCUGAAUGCAAGAAAAACAUUUCUACUUCAAAGUUAAGGAGCAAUGAAUGUGCCUGAAUGCAUGAAGGAUGUAAUCAUUGAUAUGGACUUAAUCAACAAAUAUAAUUUAAUGCAAAGAGAAUUUUAAAAAUUAAGAAAAUAAUUUGGCCAUAAUGACAACAUCCUAGUAAGUAAAUCUUGCAAGAAACACUAAAAAUACAUACCCUUCAUCUAAAAUAUUAAAAAAGCACUACAUCCCCUAGUCUGAAAACAGAAUUAACCUAACCAAUAUUGACUACUUUUGGAAGUCAGAGAUUUUCAGACAAGAGCCAGAUGUCAUAAAAGUACUCUAAGAAGAACAGAAGAAACCAGCUUUCAACAUAAAACUGAAACCUCAAAUUGUAGUGAUAUGUGACAACAAUGACCCCAUAAACCUAUUUGGAGCAUUUUUUUUUUAUUUUUAAUAAAUUUGCAAAAAUCUCAAGUAAUCUUUUUUCACAUUGUCAUUAUGGGG